UUUCGCAGCCCAGUGCCCACUGACCCCCGUUGCCCCGUGCAGGCGGCCCCCGCGCUGACACCAUGAUCUCCCCGAAGGAGAAGUCCAAGGCCCCCAAGGACAGCAUGACCCUCCUGCCCUGCUUCUACUUCGUGGAGCUCCCCAUCGUAGCCUCCUCCAUCGUGACCCUGUACUUCCUGGAGCUGACGGACCUCUUCAAGCCGGCCAAGGUGGGCUUCCAGUGCUACGACCGGGCCCUCUCCAUGCCCUACGUGGAGACCAACGAGGAGAUGAUCCCUCUGCUCAUGCUGCUCAGCCUGGCGUUUGCGGCGCCGGCCGCCUCGAUCAUGGUGGGCGAGGGCAUCGUGUACUGCCUGCAGUCCAAGCUGAAGGGGCGCGGCGGGGCCGAGGGCAGCAUCAACGCUGGCGGCUGCAACUUCAACUCCUUCCUGCGCAGGACGGUCAGGUUUGUGGGCGUGCACGUGUUUGGCCUUUGCGCCACAGCCCUGGUGACCGACGUGAUCCAGCUGGCCACGGGCUACCACGCUCCCUUCUUCCUCACCGUCUGCAAGCCCAACUACACGCUGCUGGGCAUCUCCUGCGACUCCAACCCCUACAUCACCCAGGACAUCUGCUCGGGCCCUGACCAGCACGCCAUCCUCUCUGCCAGGAAGACUUUCCCGUCUCAGCAUGCAACGCUCUCGGCCUUCGCCGCUGUCUACGUGUCGAUGUACUUCAACUCCAUCAUCUCGGACAGCACCAAGCUCCUGAAGCCCAUCCUGGUCUUUGCCUUUGCCAUCGCCGCCGGUGUCUGCGGCCUCACCCAGAUCACCCAGUACCGCAGCCACCCCAUCGACGUCUACGUGGGCUUCCUCAUCGGCUCUGGCAUUGCUGCCUACCUGGCCUAUCACGCAGUGGGCAACUUCCGCGCGCCCACGGAGAAGGCCCCGGCUCAGGCGCCGGCCAAGGACGCGCUGCGGGCGCUGACGCAGCGGGGCCACGACUCGGUGUACCACCAGAACAAGUCGGUGAGCACGGACGAGCUCAACCCCCAGACCCGGCUGGACGAGGUGAACCGCCAGGUCCAGCGGGAGAAGAACUCCCUGGGCAGCCUGAAGCGGGCCAGCGUGGACGUGGACCUGCUGGCCCCCCGCAGCCCCAUGGGCAAGGAGAACAUGGUGACGUUCAGCAACACGCUGCCCCGCGUCAACACGCCCUCGCUGGACGACCCGGCGCGGCGCCACAUGACCAUCCACGUCCCCGUGGACGCCUCCCGCUCCAAGCAGCUCAUCACCGAGUGGAAGCAGAAGUCGCUGGAGGGCCGCAGCAUGACGCUGGCGGAGGAGGCUGGGAGGGCGGCCGCCGAGGCCGCGGGCGGGGAGGACGACGACCACAUCCCGCCCUCGCUCUACCCCACGGUGCAGGCGCGCCCGGCCGAGCGGGCCGCGAUGGGGCCCCGGGUCCUCAUCCAGCCCCGGCCGGGCGCCUCGCAGCUGGUGCACAUCCCCGAGGAGAGCCAGGGCAACGUGAACCUGUCGCCCAACAGCAGCUCGGCCGUGAGGGCCAAGUGGAUGAUGAUGGCGGAGAAGGGGGCGUCCCAGCGCGUGGCCAACCCGCCCCGGCUCAUGCAGGUCAUCGCCAUGUCCAAGCAGCAGGGCCUGGUGACGGUGACGCCCAAGCACUCGGAGACGUCCUCGUCUUCCACCAGCUCCGACUCCUCCCAGUACCGCUCCCCGUCAGAGCGGGACAGCUCCAGCAUCGUCACCAUCGACGCCCACGCCCCCCACCACCCCGUCGUCCACCUCUCCUCCGGCAACGGGCCCUGGGAGUGGAAGGCGGCGUCCAAGGGAGCGGACGGGCCGGACGCCUACGAGCUGAACGAGAUGGGCAAGGAUUACCGCGGCUUCCGGCCCACCAAGAGCGCCGGCGUGCCCCCGGGCUCCUCCGUCAGCGACAUUGAGCAGGACGAGCCGCGCUACGGCAGCGUGGCCACCAUCAACGUGGCGGCCGGCGGCGGCGAGGAGAGCCUGCUGAGCACGGCCAGCCGGGAGUCCACGUUGCGGAGGAAGCCGGCCAGCCUGGCGGGCGGAGAGAAGGACGGGCAGGCGGACAGCGAGACGGACAACUACUACAAGAAGAUCCAAGCCAACCGGAGGUUUAAGGAGUAACCCUCGGUCCCGGCCCCCAGCCUCCCCCAGCCGCAGGGAGCUUUGUAAAUACCUGCUUCCUUGGGCGUGUCGUCAUCACGCGGCCCGAGAUGCCCGUGGAGGGGCGCGGGGCAGCAUUGAGGGGCUGGGGUGUUUGCCAGGGACUCGAUGGCGUGGGAGAGGACUGCGCGUUGGGGGGAGAACUGCUGGGGGGACAGGGCUGCCCCCGGGAUCCUGCCCCAAACGGCGCUCCUCUUGGGGGCUGAAUUCCCCAGGGACGAGGUUAAUUGAUCCUGACUUGGCGACUGGGCCUGGGUGCGGAGAAGGGCGACGGCAAUGCCCAGAGGCACCUGAACCCUGG